ACAGGGCAGGCUGCUGGUGUACCACAUGGGCGCUAUUCUGAUAGAGGUUGCGCUUUGGAGUCUAGGGAACCGCAGGUUGGGAAGAGGGCAGCAGGUGGGGAGAGGGUGGAGAGGAGGCAGGAGAAGGGGGAGGGGGAUCUGAUCUUCCUGGGAGAAGAGAGGUGGGGCCUUCCUCCCCAGGCGGAGCGGGGGCGGUCUCACAGGAGGAGGGAGCAUCUUGUCACUGGCCCUGAGUUUGUGUCUUCCAAUCCGCUUGCUUUCUUUAGGAAGUACCAGGAUUCCCGGAACAGAAAAUGGAGCCCUGGCUUACGCGAAUCGUUUGAGGGGAGGAGGGGGAGUUGGGGAGGUGGAGUUCCUGUUAAAACGGGCCACUUGAUUAGCUAGGUGGUAGCUGUUAUUUUUGGGGAAUUCCCUUCUUGAUUGCAUUAAGGCGGGUCUACAUCUUUCCAGGCCAGGAGGAAUGUGGUGGUGGAGGUGGAGGAUUGUGGUAUGUGAUCAGGAGUGAGAAGAAAUAGUAAGGCCAUCCUGGUGAGGGAGAAAUGUAACCUAAAACCUGUCUCUGCUGUUGUUGGAUUGGGUCACCCCUGGUCUAUGGCAUGAAAGUUUUAUUGGGAGAUGUGCUGCAAGAGUCUGAUUGCUUGGGUCAGUGCAACAGGACAGAAUCUAGUCGCUGCAUGCCUCCUUGCCUGUCCUCAAUCAGGAUCAGGUCUUCCAUACCAGGGACCAGGCCAAAACCAGACUGCCACUGCCCCCUACUUGGGCCCCACUGUCCCCAGAAAGCAGUUGCUGUGAUCAUGGGCAAUAUCUUUGGAAACCUUCUCAAGAGCCUGAUUGGGAAGAAGGAGAUGCGCAUCCUGAUGGUGGGCCUGGAUGCCGCAGGAAAGACCACCAUCCUAUACAAGCUGAAACUGGGGGAGAUCGUCACCACCAUCCCUACCAUUGGAUUCAAUGUGGAGACAGUGGAGUAUAAGAACAUCAGCUUCACAGUGUGGGAUGUGGGUGGCCAGGACAAGAUUCGGCCCCUCUGGAGACACUACUUCCAGAACACCCAAGGGUUGAUAUUUGUGGUCGACAGCAAUGAUCGGGAGCGAGUAAAUGAGGCCCGGGAAGAGCUGAUGAGAAUGCUGGCAGAGGACGAGCUCCGGGAUGCUGUACUCCUUGUCUUUGCAAACAAACAGGAUCUGCCUAAUGCUAUGAAUGCUGCUGAGAUCACAGACAAGCUGGGCCUGCAUUCCCUUCGUCACCGUAACUGGUACAUUCAGGCCACCUGUGCCACCAGCGGGGACGGGCUGUACGAAGGCCUGGACUGGCUGGCCAAUCAGCUCAAAAACAAGAAGUGAGAGCCAGACAGCCCUAACCAAGCACCCCACCCACCCCUGACAUACCUGCUGUCACCCUGCCCUAGUCCUACCCCUUCCUCUCCACUGCAAGUGUGGCCAGGGCCCUGGGUAUCAUGUCCGCAUGCCCAGCAAGAGCCUUGCCUCCCCUGCCUCCCCUCCUUUUUCCUGUCCACCUAUAUGACCAAUCCCUAAUUGCUGUCCUGAUGAUGAGUCAUUCCAAUUUACUGGAUUUUAAACAAAAACAAAGUUGUUAUGGUUUCAUGGGGUGGCCCCUCUCUCUCUCACCCUCUGGGUUUCGGGAGGUCGAGUGGGGUAUUCUCUUUGUUUGGCAGUGGUUGCUGUCCUCUUGGCAUCUGAAUCCUUUCUCUGUCCCCACAAGCCCUUCUACUCCCUGUUUGUCUUUCCUUCGCCACCCUCUCCCUGUUCUACAUGGAAAUUGCACGGGCCUCUCUGUGUUUGCGUGCAUGUGUGCGCCUGUAUAUACAUGUAUAGAGAGAUAUAUUUGUGGGGGCCGGGGGGAGCGGGGAGGGGGUGGAGUUAAGCUCAGGGCUUGCAGCCAGGACACUGCCCACUGGAGCCUGUCAUCUGCCCCUUUCGUGUUGGUGAGAUUAAGGGAAGAAGGUGGGAGGGCAUUAGUCAGGCCGGACUACCCCAGUCUUUGACUGGUUACCCACCUCUCUGCAGUUAGGUUUUUCUGGAUGGUAGGACAGAUGAUGGAUCCUCCACCACCAUUUUCCUUGUACUCCUCUCUCCACCCUUCUUAGGACUGGAGGGUGGCAUUUAUCUCUAGAUGACUGUUCUCAAGGAGAUGCCACUGUGCUCUGCCUUAUUGUUGGGAAGGAGAGAGGAACCCACUCACUCUUAUCAGCUUAGAGUGUUCAACUGAUCCUUCCCGACCAUCCUCAGAUCUGUUCGUCUGGAGCUUGACUAAGGGGUGGGGAUGGCAAGUCCGUGGUGUGUGUUAGGGACCCAGGGCGUUGGGGGAAGGGAGGCGAAGGCCUCAGGCUUUCCAUCUUCAUUCUUUUUUGUUAUUAGGAGGUGAGGCAUGGAUCAGUCCCAUUACUGCCUUCCAGUGCCCCACCACCCUUCGAUCUUGGGCGCUGGAUGGUUCAUCUGUCUUUGGUCAGAAGUUUUCUCACCCUAGUACUCCUGUUGGCCUGACCAGGGCUACUGGGUGUUCUAAUGAGGAGCUGGGAAGUGGGGUGACAUAACUGACCUUAGUAUCAACCCCCCUCUUCUCCAAUUCUUGUUUUCUAAUCCAGGAUGUGCUAAAGGAUGAAGAUUUUCUAUUGUUUCCAGGCCCUCAGACCAUCCUUGCUGUCCCUUCACCCUCCAUGCCCCUGCCCUCCUCACCCACUUCUCAUAAAUGGAUCUAGGGGUUAGAGUGGAGGAAAUAAAAUCCUGAAGUGGUUGUCAGUGCUUGUGGGAUGCAGUGGUCUUCAGGGUUCUCCCCGCAUUAUUAUGUAGUUGUUCAGAAGUUGCUGCUACUGCAUCUCUGUCUGCAGGGGGCCCUUGUCCCUGAGGUCCUGGCCUGGGUCCUGACUUCUGUAGUUUCUGUGAAGACGUAGCUGUCCUGUGGGCUUCUGUGUGUGCUGGCUGCGCCCUGAGCUUCCAGACAGCUGUCCAUAACCUUUCUGUGAAGGUCAGGGCCCAGGGCCCCCCAUAGCAUAGCUGAGAGAUCCCUUCCCAGUAGGGCUCUCCCAAGCCCCACUCCAUGAGGCCAGGUUUCCUGGCCACUUUUAUCGAUAGCAGGUGGAUCAAUACUAGUAACCCCAUCCAAGAUUGAACUGUGAAAGAGAGGUUCCAGGGGUAUCUCCCUCAGUGCCAGUUACUUAGUGAUGUGUUAUCCACGAUGCAGCAGGUGUGUGCAGGUAUCUUGCUCUCUAGGCCUGUGGGUGUGUGUGUGUAUGGGUGUGGGUGUGGGUGUGGGUGUGUUUGUGUAUGGUGCUUGUGUGGGGGGGGGUGUUGGAGGUUCUAUUUCAUUUAAAAAUGUAUUCAUUACCCUGGCCCCACAGAUGCUUCCCUCCAUACUUUUUAUUUGCUCUAUUUCCUCAGAUUUAUUUUGUCCUGCCCCAUUGCCUCUCCUUUCCUGAACUCUUUCCUUUUCAAUCUCAACUCAUUCACUGCUGUUGCUUGUUUGCCCUUUUCCAUGUAUUUUUUCCUACUUAGGAUUUUCCACUCUAUCUUUGUGGUUCAUGAGGACUUUGCCUCUUCUCCUGCCUCAUUCCCUGACUUUCUCUAGUUAGAUGCCAGUCCUAAAUAGGUUUUCCUCAUUUCAGGCCUCACCCCUCACCUUGUUUUUGGGGGGCUCCAGGGACCAAUCUGGGGCUGAAAAUGUUAGGAGGUGGCCUUGGUGCUGCCCCAGAUCUGUCCAGCAGGGAGCAGUAAGUGAUCUUGGUAGUAUCCCUGGCUACUAAACCCUUGGCAGGGGUGGUCCUUUCUACAUUCCCAUUCACUUAACAGCUCUUUUGGGAUUGGGUAUUUCAUUCCAUUUCUGCCCACUCCCUCUCCUCUCCUCUCCUCUGGUAGGUUUAAUUUUAUGCUUUCCCUGAUUCCAGCUUCCUGCUUCCUGAGGACUCCCUGCUCCCCCCACCCCAAAGUUUGUCUGUGGUGUUAUAGUGGUAACUGCAGUUCCUUCUCUGGAAUGUAGACUGUAUAUGUUUAAUAACUCACCUUCUCUAUCCUUGCUCAAAAUGUGGGAUAACACGAUGACUGUGACCCUGGUUGGAAAUUAAACUUGUUUUAUGCAGCUUU